GCACCAGCCGGCGCGCCUUGGAGAGCCGGGUGGCCUCGCUGGGUCGUGCGCCUUUUCGGGAAACCGAAACCGAAGCGCGUCGCUCCGCCCCAAAACAGCCGCCUCCGCCGCCCCUCCGGACCCGGCUUCUUCCUCUCCGCCUUCUCGGGCCGAGGGAGGCGCUUGGCCGGGAGGCAGCGCCUGGUCGGCCCUGGGCUGGGAGCGCCCAGUGGGAAGGGCGCGGAGCUCGCUCGGUCGCCUUCUCCGCCCGGCGCAUUUACGCAGCGCCCUCGGCCCGGCCUAGCCGCUCGCUCGCUCGCCCCUCUCGCCGCCAUGAGGAAGCUCUGCCUGGGCACGGUGGGCGUGCUGUCCAUGACCCUGCUCAUCGCCAGCGUCGCCCUGCUCGUGGCCCGCGUCUUGCAGAAAGCCGUGGAGCUGCAAGUCCGACAGGUGAGGAGCCUCGGCGCGCAACUGCUCGCAUUCACACGUUACGCUUAAAGGAGGGUUUGGGCCUUAGGGUUGCGCUCAGGUGGUUGGGGCGAGGCGGUCGGCGGGGAUGGGGAGAGAUGGUCUGAUAUAAGCUUUGAGCUGCUGUAUUUUUUUAAAGAAAAACAAAACGCGCCCUUUAAAAUUCCCUCCUAUGUUUGUCUCUCUUUGCACUUCGUCACUCUCGGGACAGAACUUUUUCUCACCAUCACUUCCCAUCAAACAAAGGGCACCGUCUCCAGGGGAUUUAAAAAAUAAUAAUUAUUUGCAGGCAAUAAUUAUGGGAGAAGACAAUACAUGGGGGAACACAUGACUUCCCGUUAAACGUGGAUGCUGUUUUUAUUUAUCACUUGCAGAGAAUCAGGGUGUUCUUUGGGGGGUAGUGAAAAGUUCACUGUAAAAUAGAAGAAAGAGAGGACAGGGAAUCAACACUUACCCAAGUUGUGCAGUUGCUUUGCUUUCUUUUUUUAGUUUAAAUUUUAAAUUAAGUGAAUAUUCUAAAGUGUCAAACAUAAAUUUAACCAAACUUAAAAUAUCAAUGACUUCACUUCAUUUUGCACAAGAUAAAUCCCUGCGUAUUUUAUAUAAACUAAACGAUUCAGUAUUCCAUUAUUAUAUCCAUCAAAACUUAUUUACACUGUUGAAUUUAUCAUAAUGCUGCCCAUGUUUUCAAAUAAACACAAUUUUCCUCCAUAUAUUCAAUAAACAUUUUCCAAUAUUCUUUAAACAUGUGUUCUUCCUGUUCUUUUAUUCUAUAUGUUAGGUCCGCAAGCUGCGCACAUUCCAUCAGUUUAAGUUGCCAAUCUUCUUUAGUUGGGACUUUGCUCGUUUUCCGUUUUUGGGCUAACAAAAUACAAGCUGUGGUAGUGGCAUACAUAAAUAACCUUUUCCAACACCUGGGAAUUUCCAUCUGAGUUAUUCCCAACAAAAAGGACCCUGGGUGUUUUUUUUGGAAAAAUACUUUUAAACAUUUCCCUCCCAAGCUUCUUCAACUGCCCUCUCAUGUAUAAAACGAUGGCGCUAGGAAAGCAACACAACUUGGGAAUGGAUCUUCGCAUUUUCAUCACAAGCAUUGUGUCUCCCUUUGUUGCGACAGCAGCUCCUUCCCGUUAUGCAUGGCAUAAAUUAAAUCAGUCAGCACUUAGAAGCCAAUAUUUCUGUGACGGAAUCCCUGCUCCUCAAAGCUAACACCACUUGGGUUGCACAACAUGUGCCUUCCUUGGUUUUUCGUCACAGUUGCCCAACACUUAAUGACUGGCAGGUAAUGGUGUGAACUCACGGCGCUGAAAAAGUUCUAUGUUCAAAGCUGUGCCAGAUGCUGUUGAAGGAUCUUGGCCAGGCAUAGGCGAACUCCGGCCCUCCAGAUGUUUGGGACUACAGUUCCCAUUAUCCCUGACCACUGGUCCUGUUAGCUAGGGAUGAUGGGAAUUGUAGUCCCAAACAUCUGGAGGGCUGGAGUUUACCUAUGCCUGACCUUGGCCCUGGUGGUUAAGCUGUGAUAGCUCCUUUUUAUGACCUUGUGGUUGAUUGACAUACAUGUGUGAAUUGCCCCUGAGCCUUAUGGUACUUGGCGGUGAGCGAACGGCAGUUGGCACAUCCUCAGAGGCAGUAUGUUCACGUAACAUAGUUCCGUUCUGUAGAUCUGGCAUAGUUUGGUGGUUACCAGUGUGAACUCGGAAGUGGGGGAGUCCUGAUCAGCUUUCUUCACUGCCAUGAACUCAUCACCAUUAUGAGAGAAGAAUCACUGAAUCGUAGUGGUGGAAGGGACCCCGAGGUGCAGGAAUCUUUUGCCCAAAUGAGACUCGAACCCAGGACCCUGAGAUUAAAAGUCACAUGAUUUGUUAACUGAGGUUUCAUAGUUUAUUAUACAGAAACAGAGAGGUUUCUCAUAGAGGUUUGCAGUCUUAAAAGCGUGAGAUGAACAGAGAACUGGGAAAUGCUCAGCAGUGGUUUGGGAAGAGAGGUAAUGUAUACAGUAAUUAAUCUAGGAGUCAGGGAGGGGAAUCGUAAAUGCCAAAUAGAAUACUGAGAAGGAAACGCAUGAAGUAAUUUCACAGGCGAAAAAGAGGCCCCGGCCAGAUAUUUAGAGGGAGAGAGUUUGUUUAAGUAACAAGAUUUAUAUACUGCUUAAUCAAAAUAGCCUCUAAGCAGUUCAUGUAAAACAAUAUGAAGCUCUACUUGGUCCUACUUAUGGGUUUCCCACUCUGAGAACAGGAUUCAGGAAUAGGUGACCGCUGGCCUGAUCCAGCGGGUCUCUUAGGUUCUUGCACAUCUCUCUCCUGACGAGAGCUACUCCUGAAUGACAGGUACUUUCUGUCGGCCUUCUUUUAUUUAGCAUCAGAACAACUCGCCACUCCAGAGUUGUUGUAAAAGUCCGUAAUCUAAUACCUGAGCAGUACUUUGAACUCUUAGCGCAAGAGCUAGACAAGUACCAGUGUUAAACUUGUGUCAGUGAAUGUUGCUAAGCUGUUAUACAAAAUACAGUGGACUCUCGGGUUGCAAACGUGAUCCAUGCGGGAUGCACGUUCGCAACCUGCAGUGUCCACAGCGGCACAUCUGUGCAUGUGCAGGUUGCAAUUCGGCGCUUAUGCACAAAGCGCAAUUUAGCGCUUCUGCGCAUGCGUGACCGCCGAAACCCGGAAGUAACCCGUUCCGGUACUUCCAGGUUUCGGCGGUCCGUAACCUGAAAAAACGCAACCUGAAGCAUCUGUAACCCGAGGUAUGACUGUACAUGUGUACAGUAUAUGUAUCUGUCGGUGUAGGUCAGGGGUUGGGAACCCCUGGGAGUCCUCUCUCUGGCCCCUGGGACUCACCCCAGGCCACCCCCCUCACCAGCCCUGAUCCUCACUCUUCUGGAGUGCUUCUGCCAGGCACAAGUCCUUGAACUUUUGAUAAUGCUGCUUGCUUACUGAAUGGAUGGAUGGAUGGAUGGAUGAAGAGGUUCCUGUGUGUACAUGUAAGAGCUCUAGACUUUUGCACAGAUUUAAUGUGGGCUGCUAUGCAAAUGGAAGAGCAGAACCUUUUGCCCUUUCCUCUUUUACCUGUGACCCUUCUAGCAGGCCCUGUACGGUUCCUCGUGAGGAAAUGCAGGCCAUGGGCUGGAAAGGUCUCUCUCUCUCUCUCCCCCACCCCCAGUGUACAAAGCAGCAGUAUGAGCAAGCACCUAAACUUGAAACAAGGGGUGUGGUAUGAGUGGGUGAGAGUUGAGAGCCUUGGAUGAGAAAGCAAAAAUUAAGAGUCCCGUGCUCCACCCACUGAGCUAUGCAUUAUUCUAUGUGUCUGUGAUGUUCCAUUCUGUUCCACCAUGUUACCGUUGUUCAUUGUUUGCAAGCUACUUUGGGAUUCAUUAGAAUGGAAAGCGGCGUAGAAAUGUAAUAAAUCAAAUCUUUUGUCCCAGGGUAUGAUCCAAAGGAACAUGAGGCCACUGACUUACUGAAGCUAAGCAGGUCUGAGUCUGGUCAGUGUUUGGAUGGGAGACCUUCUGAAACAGCAAACACCGUCUCAGGUUCCAUAAUAAAUAAUAAUAAUAAUAAAUUUUUAUUUAUACCCUGCCCUUCCUGGUUCAGAAAACUGGGCUCAGGGCAGCUAACAACAAAUUUAAAACAUUUAAUUGAUGCAACAAAAAACAGCAUAAAAUAAAGUAUAAAACGUGAAUAACAAUAAAUUCAGAAUUCAACAAUCAAUUUAGGAGGAAAAUCCAUUAAAUAAACAUUAGAUGAUCACCAGGGCUAGCUGGCUAAAUUAGUCCUACUUGGGCCAGCGAGGAGACCAGGGGAGAAUUAGCUGUGGGAUCCCAGGGCGGGUAAUCUUCAUAAAAAGGGGAGGGAAGGAAGGAAGGAAGGAAGGGGAAUAAAAGAUCAGGCUAAGUUCAAAUUGAAAGCCAGGCAGAAUAGCUGUGUCUUACAGGCCCUGCGGAAGGAAGUUAAAUCCUGCAGGGCCCUGGUCUCAUGGGACAGAGCAUUCCACCAGGUCGGAGCUAUCACUGAGAAGUCCCUGGCCCUGGUGGAGGAUAAUCAGACUUCCUUAGGGCCCUGAAUAAUGGGAAUGAGUUUCUGGAACCAAAAUGCUUUUCCUGUGUAGCCUGAGCAGGAGCAGUCACCAUUAAGAAAAAGAGGUCAGAUCAGGCUGAUAGAUACAUGGACUAUCCCUGGAUCGAGCGACUUUUCAUCUUUAAGUUCUCAAAGCUCUUAAUCUAGCUCAGGGUUGUCACCUGAACCAGCUGAGAGUCAAUCACAGUCAGUCCAUUAUUUGAAAAAUAAGACUCUAGAGCCGAUCUGUCCCCAAAGAGCAACUAGAUAUUCCAUGUUGGCGACGAUAACCUUGGUUUAGGAGCCAUUUAGCAUCUUGAGCUUCUAACACUGCUGGAAAACAAUGGCAGAUGAAGGCUACUACUCUCAAGUACUGCUUGUGGGUUUCCCAGAUGCACAAAGAGGAACUGGGACCUUUUGACCACACAGGCCUUUGGUCUGAUUCAGAAUAGCUCUUCUUGCAUUCUCAAGUGCAGCUGUGAUGCAGCUGCCUCAACAGGAGCCAUGUCGGGGGUGGGGUGUAACCUAGACAUGUGACCCUUUUGUCACAUGAGCACCAUGACACAGGAUCCGAUCCCACAGAAUCAGCAAAUAUGCCACAGAGAUAAUGGGCAAAAACUGUAUCUUUGUAGCAGUGUUAGAAACUCAUAUACAGUGGUACCUCAGGUUAAGUACCGUAUUUUUCGCACCAUUGGACGCACUUUUUUACUCUUAAAAAGUAAGGGGAAAUGUCUGUGCGUCCUAUGGAGCGAAUGUGUGGUCCCUGGAGCCAAAUUGCCGGAGUGCGGCACACUCUUGGACUGGUCUUUGGUAGUGGUGGUGGAGCCAGGCUGUGCGCCCAUGCCCCACACUCCUGGGCUGCUGAAUGGGGGUGGGGGGUGCUGCUCUGCCAACAGCCUGCCCUUCCCCUCAAGAUUUGGAGCAUCGGGCAGGCUGUUCACUGAGAGAGGGGAGGAAGAGGAUGGAGAGGAGGGGGACCAAGAAGCUGGGUGAAGGGAGAUGAGGUACCAUAGGUUGCCGUGAGUGGAGAGUCAUGGUAGAGGGCAAAGGAGAGGGAGCAGCGAAGGGGAGAAAUUGUAGACGUCACCUGAGGAGUUUGGGUGAAAGGGAUGGAGAGGAGGAGGCUGGAAAAGGGGGCUGUUCUGUUUGGGGGGGGGAGAAAAAGUGGGGGAAAGGAAAGCCUCCCAAGCCUGCCGCUGAGAAGCUCUGCUUGGCUGUUUCUUGACUGUAAUUCAAGUAAAGGGAAUGUUUGCGAGCAGCUGGCAGGCUGUUCGCUGAGAGAGGGGAGGAAGAGGAUUGAGAGGAAAAAUGUGGCAUUAGCAAUGCUUUGGAUGGAUACGAAGAUGGUAUUUUACAUGAAGAUAGCGAAGAAAGUGAUGUCAGUGACUGUGAGCAACUGAGCUUCAUAAAUUCUGACUUUAGCAGUGAUGAGUUCUUGGGGUUCACAGAAGACUAGAAGAGUACUCAAACCUUAAAGUCUCUCUUCAUUUGUUAAUGACAGUGAUGAUGGUUCUUAAUGCCAUUGUUGACUGCUGUUCACUUUACAUGGCUGUAAUGUGAUUCUGAUAUACCGGUUGUUUAUUAAAUACAGUAGUUUAUACAACAUUUGAUUCAGAAUAUUUUUUCCUUGUUUUCCUCCUCUAAAAACUAGAUGCGCCCUAUGGUCGGGUGCGUCCAAUGGAGCGAAAAAUACGGUACUUAAUUCGUUCCGGAGGUCCGUUCUUAACCUGAAACUGCUCUUAACCUGAAGCACCACUUUAGGUAAUGGGGCCUCUCGCUGCCUCUGCGCCGCCGCCACACGAUUUCUGUUCUCAUCCUGAAGCAAAGUUCUUAACCCGAGGUACUAUUUCUGGGUUAGCGGAGUCUGUAACCUGAAGCGUAUGCAACCUGAGGUACCACUGUGUGUGUGUGUGUGUGUGUGUGUGUGUGUUUGUAUAUAUAAGCACUUAUACAGAGUCAGACCCCUGAUCCAGCUAGCUCAGGGGUCGGCAAAGUUAUUGUGGCUUGGGCUGGUUCACGGUCCUGCAGACGCCGUGGUGGUUCGGAGUGUGUGCGCACGCAUGCACUCAUGCGCAAACACUGUUUCCGGUGCAAAGGAGGCGCGCACAGCUUCGAAUUGGCUGCAGGAGCUUCCUGCAGCCAAUGGGAAGCUGGCCAGCGCUGUGGAAGGCGGUCCCCGCUCUGCUCUGCGCCGGUUUAGCGCGGCGCACGAGAGCCCACCAAGCAGGCGGCAGGGGUCCAUGGGCCGGUUAAACAAUCCCCAUGGGCCUUAGGUUGCCGACCCCUGAGCUAGCUCAAUACUGUCUACUUGCUGGCUGGCUGCUGCUGUGUCCAGAGUUUCAGACAGAUGUCUCUCCCAGCCCUUCCAGGGAGUGCUUUUGGGACCUUCUGCAUGCAAAGGAGGUGCUCUGCCACUGGAGGAGUCUUCAAAGGGGCAUCUACUUUAUCUGCAUGUGAUUUCUGAGGCCCUCACAUGCAGUUUAGACCUACUUUGGCACUGCCUCCAAGUUAGCAGUGCUGUUCCGUUGUGAAGGUGUGGUUUAUGUGGGCGAGCAAUGUCAAAACCCAACCUGGUCAAACACGUUCCUCUUACUGCAAGACUGGGUUCUCUGCUGCUUAUCUUUUUUGCCCAUCACCCUUACUUGGGUUUCAUGUGUCCCUGCUUUGUGCAAAAUCAAGCCGUGCAUCUAAUGCAUCCUUUUAUGUGCCAGGUUCAUUCGUCAGCUGAGGAAGAGCCUAUUUGUAACCUCUCCCACCCUCGCAGACUUCUGCUGCUAUCUGCACGGACUUGUUUGCUGUUUCCUGCUCUGUCCGAUGAGAAAAAGAGGCCUUUGUUUUUUCUGAAGCAGCCUCUCUGAGCCUUCUGGAAUGCAAACAGAAAAAGGCAUCUUGGUCCAUCGGAAAAACAAAAUCUGCAACAGGACAGUAGCUUUAUUAGGAACAACUAACAUUUCACAAAAUAUCAAGCAAACUUUCAGGUUCUUCAAAACCUGCCAUCAGGCUGAUUGUUUUGCAGAUUUCCCUUAACCUUUUACGCCUGAUGAAAAGUCACAUGAUGGAGACCUGAAGGAGGUUUGAAGACUUAAGUAGAUUAGCCUGUAUUGGGUGAUAGCAGGAUUGUACCAAGGCCGAUGAGAGAAAGAAACAAUUGUGGCAGACUUUCUAGUAUUUUUUUAAAAGAAUUUAAAAUCUAAUCCUCUACUCAUCCUCAUCUCUUAGCAAAAUACACAGGUUCCUUGUGAGGCAGAAAACAGAAGUAAAGAAGAAAUGAGGUUGUCUUUUAUAUUUGCAAAACUGGAGAUGAAUUGUAGUUGGUGCAAUAGGUAAAAAGCUUUCAGAUAGUAUCUUGCUCCUUUUCUGUUAAGGGAGUUGUUCUUGGGAUGAUGGAACAGCAGGCUUUAUGGCAAACGGCUUUCUUGAAUGUGGGAGAGGUUACAGGAAAGGUGAAGGGAGGGAGAGAGACUGAUGUUUAAGUUAUCAUUUUUCUUGGGAAUUCCUUAGAAUUCCAAGCAGGAAGUUUGACUGAUUAGCUUCGAUGUGACUGUUUGCUGAGGACCGUCUCAUGCCUGCCUACCUGGCUAUCUCACUUGUUAACGUCCAAGAUAAAAAGGUGGUUCUUCAGUAUAUGACGAAAACUAGACAGCGAAUGCCAGACGAACCUUUGCAAGGAGGGAAUUCCACAACUCAGGGGCCACCACCCUCUUCUGGAGUGGAAGGCUUUUUAAAAAGCUGUUUCGAACUGCAGGUCAUGUUUCUUAAUAGCACUUGUAGAACAAGGCACUGCAGAAUAUUUUAUUAUACAAUGAAACUCAUUAAAGCCACUAAAUGCAGCCGAGCCCAGAUUCUGUGGCACAGAUUUUGGCAAUCAGCACAUCUCAAGAUGUGCGCUUGAAACCUAAAUUUGAAAAUUGCAAUGAGCUACUAAGCAUAAUAGAGUUUCAUCUCCGUUGCAGUGGCUCCUGCAUUGAGACACACCCUUCAACAUAGAGAAUAAUGGAAGCUGCCUUCUGGUGUCAUACAAUUCAUAGAAUCAUAGAGUUGGAAGAGACCACAAGGGCCAUCGAGUCCAACCCCCUGCCAAGCAGGAAACACCAUCAGAGCACUCCUGACAUAUGGUUGUCAAGCCUCUGCUUAAAGACCUCCAAAGAAGGAGACUCCACCACACUCCUUGGCAGCAAAUUCCACUGUCGAACAGCUCUUACUGUCAGGAAGUUCUUCCUAAUGUUUAGGUGGAAUCUUCUUUCUUGUAGUUUGGAUCCAUUGCUCCGUGUCCGCUUCUCUGGAGCAGCAGAAAACAACCUUUCUCCCUCCUCUAGGUGACAUCCUUUUAUAUAUUUGAACAUGGCUAUCAUAUCACCCCUUAACCUCCUCUUCUCCAGGCUAAACAUGCCCAGCUCUCUUAGCCGUUCCUCAUAAGGCAUCGUUUCCAGGCCUUUGACCAUUUGGUUGCCCUCCUCUGGACACGUUCCAGUUUGUCAGUGUCCUUCUUGAACUGUGGUGCCCAGAACUGGACACAGUACUCCAGGUGAGGUCUGACCAGAGCAGAAUACAGUGGCACUAUUACUUCCCUUGAUCUAGAUGCUAUACUCCUAUUGAUGCAGCCCAGAAUUGCAUUGGCUUUUUUAGCUGCCGUGUCACACUGUUGGCUCAUGUCAAGUUUGUGGUCAACCAAGACUCCUAGAUCCUUUUCACAUGUACUGCUCUCAAGCCAGGUGUCCCCCAUCUUGUAUUUGUGCCUCUCAUUUUUUUUGCCCAAGUGCAAUACUUUACAUUUCAUCUUGUUUGUUUUGGCCCAGUUCUCUAAUCGGUCAAGGUCGUUUUGAAGUGUGAUCCUAUCCUCUGGGGCGUUAGCCACCCCUCCCAGUUUGGUGUCAUCUGCAAAUUUGAUCAGGAUGCCCUUCAGUCCAUCAUCCAAGUCGUUGAUAAAGAUGUUGAAUAAGACCGGGCCCAAGACAGAACCCUGUGGCACCCCACUAGUCCCUCUUCUCCAGGAUGAAGAGGAACCAUUGAUGAGCACCCUUUGGGUUCGGUCAGUCAGCCAGUUACAAAUCCACUGAGUGGUAGCAUAGUCAAGACCGCAUUUUACCAGCUUCUUUACAAGAAUAUCAUGGGGCACCUUGUCAAAUGCCUUGCUGAAAUCAAGGUAGGCUACAUCCACUGCGUUCCCUUCAUCUACCAGGCUUGUAAUUCUGUCAAAAAACGAGAUCAGGUUAGUCUGACUUAUUUUUCAGAAAUCCAUGCUGACUAUUGGUGAUCACAGCAUUCCUUUCUAGGUGCUCUAGGUGGUCCAUCUUGCUCAGCAUUGUGUAUACCAGGGAUGGGAAAAUCUCUCGCCCAUGGACCUUUCACAGCUCAGUCAGUGUAGAGCAUGAGACUCAUAAUCUCAGGGUUGUGGGUUCAAGCCUCACAUUGGGACAAUGGUUCCUGUAUUGCGGGAAGUUGAACUAGAGGGUCCUUAUGGUCUCUUCCAGCACUACAGUUCUAUGAUGCUAUGAAAUCGGUCCUACCAGGCCGUUUCCCCCAAACUUCACCCACCUGCCCUGGCGUUAUUUGCGAUGUCAGGUACGGGGGCAGGUUGAGAUGUGUCUGGAUUGGCUGGGCACACACCUGAUACCUGCAGGAAGCAGGAUUGAACUCUCUACCUAUCACCUGAUGUUCAGUUCUGAUGGUCACUAUCUCAGCCCACCAACAACAACCCUGGCCAACUUGAGCAGGGAGAUGGUCCCUCUUGCCUGUCAUUGUUGGCCAAUGGGUUGCUGGUGUGUGUGUGUGUGUGUGAGAGAGAGAGAGAGAGAGAGAGCUGGUCUGCCAGGUGGAAUAUGUCCCCAGCCCUCAUCUAUAUGGAUUGGUAGUGCUCUGAGGAGACAUUCCAUGUCCUACUUGGAGAUGCUGGGGGAUUGAACCAAGGUCCUUCUGCAUGCAGAGCAGAUGUUCUAAUUACUGGGCUAUGUGUAGUUCAUGGGACACUAAUAAGAAGGCACAAAUGAAGGUCGCCAGAACCACCUGCCCACCUGAUUGCUUCCCAUACUACUGAUAUGGCAUGCAGUAGGAAGUGCGGGAAAUUCCGCUGGAAAAGGCAAAUGGAACCACUUCUGAGUAAUUCACUUCCAAACAGUGUAGAUCAAAAAGAGGUUUUGCCAAAGGCCAGAUUUGAUAGUACAGUGGUACCUCGGGUUACAGAUGCUUCAGGUUACAGACUCCGCUAACCCAGAAAUAGUACCUCGGGUUAAGAACUUUGCUUCAGGAUGAGAACAGAAAUUGUGCGGCAGCGGCAGCAGGAGGCCCCAUUACCUAAAGUGGUGCUUCAGGUUAAGAACAGCUUCAGGUUAAGAACGGACCUCCAGAAUGAAUUAAGUUCUUAACCCGAGGUACCACUGUAGUCAAAAUAACUGACAUUCGGGGGGGGGGGUGUCUCCAGCAUAUUAUAUUCCUCCAUUUCACGGGUUUGGACUAGACCUUGCAUGGCCACACCUGGCCCUCCAGAUGUUUUGGGACUACAACUCCCAUCAUCCCUAGCUAACAGGACCAGUGGUCAGGGAUGAUGGGAAUUGUAGUCCCAAAACAUCCGGAGGGCCAAGUUUGGCCAUGCCUGGAAUAGGCGAUCCUCAGGUUCCCUUCCAACACCACAGUUCUAUGGUUAUAUCUUUGAAGAAGCACUGAUAAGCAGAGCCUAGGUGUUUCUGCACUUGUUUUGAAUUAGCUCAGUAAAUGGCAUUGGAAUGUUUUGGAAAGUCUGGUGGAGGUCUGCCCCACAGCUUGCUCCACUUGCGAUCCCCACCCAACCCCAAUAACGCCUCCUUUCACCUUCUGCAACCGCUAAGCUCCCUUUUCAUCUUCCCAACCCGCUUCUCUCUUUGAUUCUGCCAUCCCUUGGGCCCCUGCCAAUAUGGCCAGUGAUCAGGAAUUAUGGGAGCUGUAGUUCAGCAACAGGGUAUAUUGGGUGUUAGGGGAGGGGAAAGUACCUCUGAUGGGGACACAUCAUGCUCCUUCGGAGGUAGUUUGUCCACCUUUGGUCCCCACCCUGCGGUCAGCUCUCACCUGUGGCUCCUAGAAGCCGUCAGCAGGUGACAGUGGCCACACCCCAGGAAACAGUUUUGACUGACCAGCUAAACCAGGUGAGGGUAGCUGAUGGGUCUCAAACCCUCAGUGUGUUAGGGACUUCCCCUGCAUGCAAAGAUAGAAUUGAGCAGAUGAAACUAAUAAUAAGAAUGAUAAUAAAAUUGUAUUUAUACCCUGCCCUCCCCAGCCAAGACCGGGCUCAGGGCGGCUGACACCAGGUAUAAAAACAAUUGAUUAAAAUACAACUUAAAAACAAGAUUAAAAUACAACAUUAAAAUGCAUCCUCAUUUCAGUAGAAACUCAAUUCAAAAACUUUUUUGGGGAUGAAAACGUCAAGUCUUCACCAAGGCCAACUAUCCAGACUGGUCCUACGUGGGCCAGAAAAAAGCCAGGGAAGUCCCCAAGUAGGAGUUCCAUCACAGAAGGAGAAAGGAAAGAGGGAAAGGGGAUCAAGUUGAUUCCAAGCCAAAGGUCAGGCGGAACAACUCUGUCUUACAGGCCCUGUGGGAAGAAAUCAGAUCCUGCAGGGCCCUGGUCUCAUGAGACAGAGCGUUCCACCAGGCUGGAGCCAAUGUUGAAAAGGCCCUGGCCCUGGUUGAGGCUAAUCUGACUUCCUUAGGGCCAGGGACCACUAGGGUGUUGCUAUAUAUGGACCUAUAAUAGUGGAUCCAAUGGUCAAGAAGGUGGUUUCUGCAUGUGCUGGAGUAAGGGCAGAUUGGGCUUGUCUGCCUGGGAAGGUAGGCCAUCUAGGAGAAGAAAAACUCUGAUCCUAAAAUGGGACGUCUUCAGGAGAAGGAACAGGCUCUGGAGUAAACCCUACACAAAUUUGGAGCGGAUUCCCUAAGACAGUUGGAUGGCGCCUUUUAUGUCUCCUUCCGGCAACUCCUGCAGCCAAGCUGGUGCCAAACAUCUUACUCUGCUUUCCUUUGGGCCUAAUAAUAAUAAUAAUAAUAAUAAUAAUAAUAAUAAUUUAUUAUUUAUACCCCGCCCAUCUGGCUGGGUUUCCCCAGCCACUCUGGGCGGCUUCCAACAGAACACUAAAAUACAAUAACCUAUUAAACAUUAAAAGCUUCCCUAAACAGGGCUGCCUUCAGAUGUCUUCUAAAAAUCUGGUAGUUGUUUUUCUCUUUGACAUCUGGUGGGAGGGCGUUCCACAGGGCGGGUGCCACUACCGAGAAGGCCCUCUGCCUGGUUCCCUGUAACUUGGGCUUCUCGCAGAGAAGGAACUGGCAGAAGGCCCUCGGUGCUGGACCUCAGUGUCUGGGCUAAACGAUGGGGGUGGAGACGCUCCUUCAGGUAUACUGGACAUCAGCGAGGCCAAGAGUGGGGUCUUGUCUUCUGUGCAGCCCAGGACUUCCACACAUACUGCCCAGGCUUGUGCCCAGAGAAGUCGCUUUGGUGCUGCUAAUGCAGCAGUUUGACUUCACCCCCAGAAGCUCACUCCAUUGUCUCUUGAGACAGAUGGAUGCCAACAAGUUCAGCAGCCUCUGGAGGACCAUAGGUUAGUCACCUCUGUUUUCAAGUUUAAAUGGUUUCAGUGGAGAUAUCUGCAUACCAACCUCUCACUGAAACCUGUGGGUUUUUUAAGUGCUUAAUUUAUGAAUACAUCAUGCCCAAUUAUUUAUGGGGCUUGGGAGGAAAAAUAAAACCCAAUUAAAGAUAAAGGGACCCCUGACCAUUAGGUUCAGUCAUGACCGACUCUGGGGUUGUGGUGCUCAUCUCGCUUUACUGGCCGAGGGAGCCGGUGUACAGCUUUUGGGUCAUGUGGCCAACAUGACUAAGCCGCUUCUGGCGAACCAGAGCAGCGCACGGAAACGCCGUUUACCUUCCCGCCGGAGCGGUGCCUAUUUAUCUACUUGCACUUUGACGUGCUUUUGAACUGCUAGGUUGGCAGGAGCAGGGACCGAGCAACGGGAGCUCACCCUGUCGCGGGGAUUCGAACCGCCGACCUUCUGAUCGGCAAGUCCUAGGCUCUGUGGUUUUAACCCACAGCACCACCCGCGUCCCUAAAACCCAAUUACAUGGGACUUAUUCUCACUAAACUUAGCAAUUACUUCUGAGUAAUUGCUAAGUGUGUAAAGGUGCUCAACAAGACAGGUCCCUGCCCUGAUGAUGGUACAGUCUAAAAUGCAGUAGGGAAGAGAUUCAAUUCAAGAAUUUUGCCCUCAAUUCUAUACCUUCUUACCUAGGAGUAAAACCCACUGAACUCACAGUGGACAUGCAUAGGUUUCAACUGUUGAUCUUAAAUCUUACCAAUGUGAUUAUUUCAAUCUUGGUCCAGUCGUUGUGUCAGUCUAAUCUACCUCACAGGAAAAAAAUGUGAGAGCAUCCUGUAUUGCUACCCUGAAUUCCUUGUGGGAAAAACAACUUACAAAUGUGAUAAGUUACAUUUUGAGGGUCGUUACAGGGAUAGUGGCUGGGUUCUAAUAUUUGUUCACCACAAGGCUGAUUAAGUGGCCUUGGAAUAGUCAUUAUCUCUGCACCUCGUCUGCUUCAAAAGCUUGGUGUUGCUGCCGCCGCUGUUAUAAAAAACUACCCAGAGUUCCUUGAAACAACUUGGGGAUUUAGCACAAGAAGAGAGCCGCAAAGCAUGCGUAAAAUCAAUAUUUUCAUUACUGCUGGCUAACUCUUUGCACAGUUCUUUAAGAAUUGAAUUUAUAUUGAUCUUCUUCCAGAAAGAGGCAGUCGAUAGUCUUCAAAUGGACACAUGAGAACACGUGAUAGAAAGCAGGGAAGGGAAUAGAAAGGAUUGAAAGGAUUUUAGCCUCAACUCCCACCCAACAACUCUUCACAGUUAAGGCAGCAACCCUAGUUCAGUUGACCUGUGAGUUACUCUAGCACAUUUGCAAAGCUAAGCAGGGUCCUGUAUGGUUUCAACUUGGAAGGGGGACCAUGUGUUGAGAUAGAUGACCCUUGAGGUCCCUUCCAACUCCUACAAUUCUGAUGCGUUUAGGAAUGUACUAUACAGUGGUACCUCGGGUUACAUAUGCCUCAGGUUACAUACGCUUCAGGUUACAGACUCUGCUAACCUAGAAAUAUUACCUCGGGUUAAGAACUUUGCUUCAGGAUGAGAACAGAAAUCGUGCUCCGGCGGUGCGGCGGCAGCGGGAGGCCCCAUUAGCUAAAGUGGUGCUUCAGGUUAAGAACAGUUUCAGGUUAAGAACGGACCUCCGGAACGAAUUACCGUAUUUUUCGCACUAUAGGACACACUUUUUCCCCUCCAAAAAUGAAGGGGAAAUGUGUGUGCGUCCUAUGGUGCGAAUGCAGGCUUUCACUGAAGCCUGGAGAGCGAGAGGGGUCGGUGCGCACCGACCCUCUCGCUCUCCAGGCUUCAGGAGAGCCCCAGCGCCAUCCCCACAAGGUCGGGGGACAGAGGGAGGCGGAACGCCGCCAUCCCGCUGUCUCCCGAAGUGGUUUGGAGGCUGGCGGCGGGGAGACCCCGCCGCCGGCCCCGCAAGCUCCGGGGACAGCGGGGAGACGCAGUGCGGCUCCCGCUGUCCCCGGACCUGAUCUGCAGGGCGGGCGGCAGGAGAAGAGCGCUUCUCCCCGCUGCCUGCCCCCAGCUCCGGGGACAGCUGGGAGGCGCAGCGCGUCUUCCCGCUGUCCCCGGACCUGGUCGCAGGGUGGGCGGCAGGGAGAGAGCGCUUCUCCCCGCUGCCUGCCCCCAAGCUCCGGGGACAGCGGGAGGCGCGGUGCAUCUCCCGCCGUCCCCGGACCUGAUCGCUAGGGCGGGUGGCAGGGAGAAGAGCGCUUCUCCCGCUGCCUGCCCCCAGCUCCGGGGACAGCUGGGAGACGCAGCGCGUCUUCCCGCUGUCCCGGACCUGAUCGCAAGGCGGGCGGCAGGAGAAGAGCGCUUCUCCCGCUGCCUGCCCCCAAGCUCCGGGGACAGCGGGGAGGCACCGCGCGUCUUCCCGCUGUCCCCGGACCUGAUCGCAAGGUGGGCGGCAGGAGAAGAGCGCUCCCCGCUGCCUGCCCCCAAGCUCCGGGGACAGCUGGGAGGCGCAGCGCGUCUUCCCGCUGUCCCCGGACCUGGUCGCAAGGUGGGCGGCAGGAGAAGAGCGCUUCUCCCGCUGCCUGCCCCCAAGGUCCGGGGACAGCUGGGAGGCGCAGCGCGUCUUCCUGCUGUCCCCGGACCUGAUCUGAAGGCGGGCGGCGGGGAGAAGAGCGCUUCUCCCGCUGCCUGCCCGCAGGCUCCGGGGACAGCUGGGAGACGCAGCGCGUCUUCCCGCUGUCCCGGACCUGGUCUGAAGGCGGACUGCGGGGAGAAGAGCGCUUCUCCCCGCUGCCGGCCCCACAAGCGCCUGGGGGGGAAAUAAUUUUUUUUUCUUUAUUUCCCCCCCAAAAAACUUGAUGCGUCCUAUGGGCCGGUGCGUCCUAUGGUGCGAAAAAUACGGUAAGUACUUAACCCGAGGUACCACUGUAAUGCCACAACCAAUGACUUUUGUUAUCACAGUUACUCCUGUGCGUGAUCAAUGUGGUUAUUGUUCAUAUAUUUCAAACUUUAAUCAAUUUUUUACAGACUGGAGUUUAUGCGCCUCGUGGUCAUUUGACCCUACCGUUUGUGAUGGGUUUUCUCUAUACGUGUGUGUGUACCUGUAACAUUUCAUGCGUCUGAUGCAGUGAACUUGACCACUUUGUGCUAUAAUAAAUUGCUUAGUCUUUACAGCACCCCAAGACUCUUCCUUGUUCCAUUACAGCAGAUUAAAACAGCUACCCCUCUGGAAUAUUGAAUUUCAUCGACGCAGAACAUAGAAUCAAAUGGUGCAGGGUUUGUUCUUGGACUCUACCAUUCCGGCUGCAUGUCGGAGAUUGCAUUUUGGAGAGCUCCUGGGAGCAGAGGAGGAAAAAUCCCCGCAUGCAGAAAAUCAGAAUGUCAGGGGGGAAAUAUUCUAAAUUUCUGCUGGAUCUUUUUGAAGUGUUUUCUGACCACCACCAGGCAAGGCACAGUCCACAGAAAGCUACAGUAUAUCACGUGGUUCUGCUGCACAUGUAGAUCAAUUCCCUUAUUCGGUGCACAUCCUGGAAGUAUAUCAAUAAUGUUCUUCCUUUCUUCUUCUUCCUUGUAGCAAGCCGUGUUAAAAAAUGGUACAGAAUUUUUUGAAAUGUGGGAGGAGCCUCCGCCGCCAGUUUAUAUGCAGUUCUAUUUUUUCAACUUGACCAAUCCUUUGGAAGUGGUUCAAGGCGAACCUCCCAUUGUGAGACAAGUUGGACCAUACACUUACAGGUAUUUUUUGCUUCAUUCAUUACUCCAAGACAGUUUAUAAAGAGAUUGUGCUUUGGGUCCCAAAACAAGAUUCAAGGGAUGAUGGUGAAAGCAGGAAUCACAAGGGUGUCAAAAUGUCACAACAACUUGACCACUCAGAGAAGUAAGAAAGGAGCUGGUAGGUGAAGGAUUAACUGCAGAGUUGGGAUCUGUAUAAGUUUCUAGCCCUCAUGGAUAUAGAAAUAAUAUUGUAUAAGUAAUACAGUGGUACCUUAGUUGUUGAACUUAAUCCGUUUGACUCCCGGAACUGUUUGAAAACCAAGGCGCAGCUUCCGAUUGGCAAUCGGAAGUCACAUCGGACGUUCGGUUUCCAAAAAACCUUCACAAACCGGAACACACACUUCUGGGUUUGCGGUGUUAGGGAGCCCAUUUGUUCAGGAGCCAAGCCAAUCGACAACCAAUGUGCCACUGGUGGAUUCUCAGAGAGCUUAAGGCAGCGUGGUCAACCUUUUUGCACCAGUGGGCACAUUAAAAAAAUUCAGAAAGCGCUGUGGGUGCCAGUCAGAAAAUGGCUGCCAUGGGAGUGUGGCAUACGCAACAUAGGGCAUGGCUUAGGGGUUCUGAGCUGGCACUGCUAUGACCAGGGUGGGGAAGCAGUACUGGCAGUGACACCAGCGUCUGCCAUGAAGGCAUUUAACUUCCGGCGAGAUCUUGUACCCUGUGGCCUCUGGCACUGUUUUACUAGAGUCGAUGUACUGCACUAGGAUGAACUGAGAUAUUUUUAAAAUACUACUUUCCUCUCUCUCUUUCUCUCCUCUCUCUUUCUCUGCAGGGAACACAGACUCCACGUAAAUGUUCACUUUUUAGACAACGGCACAAAAGUGUCUUCUCUGAAUCCAAAGACUUACUUCUUCGAGCCGGAGAUGUCCGUCGGGGACCCGGAAGCUCAUCUGAUCAGGACUAUAAACAUGCCUGCACUGGUGAGGUUUCUUUCGGGCAGCUUGCAAGGAUUUUAUUGUCGCUUUCGUGCUGCUUUAAUUGGAGACGCCCGUGAUUGAACCUUAUGCCUGUAAAGCAAGGGGGGGGGGGACUUUGUUGUGCCAGGUGUUGCUGAACUGCAUCUCCCAUCAUCCCUCACCAUUGUUCAUGCUUGCAGUGGCCAAUGGGAGUUGCAGCGCAAACCGGCAAAGUUUAGCCACAGCUGCUGCAUAGAAGGUGCCUGUCACUCCUUGCUGUUGGUUCCUGUAGUUUUAAACCCUCUGUGCACCCUACACUUGGAUGGUGAGGGGUGAGUAGUCUCUUCCCUUUUAAAAAUUGCAAUCUGGCGUAUUACCAGCAUCAAGAAGCAUCACAAAACACAACAAAUGCAAUGAAAAGCAAAUGGCAUUCAUACUCCCUAACCCCAAAGUGUGUGAAAUCACAGUCCUGUGUGUCCUUUACAGCAAAAUUACUCAGACAGAUGGCUUUAAACUUGUCCAGCCUCGCUCACACAAAUCUCAUGGCUAUUAUCUGUAAAACUCAAAAAUAAAGUUUCCAAGAACGGAUCCUUUUUCUGGAGUGAUUAGCCAUGCAGGCUUCACCUGUGAGAUUUUUUUCUUCGUUGCAGCCGGGACUCUACACUUGGUAGCCCAUGGAGUAAUUGAUGGAAGCUUAACCUGAUCUUCCUUUCUUUUUGUAAUUUGGAUGCUCUCUGGUUGAUGCAAAUUGCUUCCUAUCAGAGAGGAAGUAUCACCUGAAACAGGCUGGGCCUGCUUGUCAAAAAUCAGAUCGUUCUGUGACAGCAGCAAGGGGGUUGUCAACUAUUUGCCGUUUAUAGAGUGCUUAUUUAGAAUAAGAUCUUCCUGAACUGUAGACUUGAAGGCAGUUCAAGGUGUUAUGGGCCGGGGCUCCACCUUGUGGUGGAUUGAAGAACUGCAGGCAUUUAGGCAUUCCAUAGGCCAAAGUACACAUUAUAUGUCAGGUGAUGGGAAUCUCUCACCUCUCCUAAAAAGAGCUGUGGAGCCAUGCCUGGCAUAGGGCUGAUGGUGAUGGCAUUUGGAGUUUAGAUGCAUUAGCAGAAGUUGAGCUUAACCGGACCCCUUGCUUGGAGGGAGCACAUUUUACCAUUGCAUGUAGUCACACUGAGACUCUUGAGUUUAGUAAGAUAAUAAAAAAAGCUAACCUGGUUAAAGGAAAUACAUGCUUGACAGAAAAUAUCCUAGUUCUGUGUAGCCAAGGUGGAGAUACAAAGAGGCAUUCUUGCUCUUUCAUCACUGCAGGAGAGCAUAGCUGUCAACCGUCCCUUAUUUGGCGGGAAAGCCCCUUAUCCCAGCGCCGUGUCCCGCUGCUGUCCCUUAUUGAUGAUGUCCCUUAAAUUUCCCGGGUUUCAAAGGAAGCAGCUCUUCUCCCUCCCUCCCUGCCGGCCAGGGAGGAGGGAGGCUCCAACUGUGUUGCUUGGCUGCAUUGCUCACCCAAUAAGGAGUCUUAAGAACGACUGGGGGGGUGGAGCUUGCAUGCCUUGUGCCGAUCAAAUCGGCAACAUUGCCUGGGGACUCGCCUUUGCUCAGCGCUUCCCAGCAGAGAGGUGACAGUGGUUUUCCUUGCUGCAUCCCCUUUGCCGGGUUGCUGCGCUGUGGGAACCAUCGCUUGAGGCUUCAUUUGGCUGCUGGCUGGGCUUUCUGCCUUUGGCUUGGAGGGGCUCAGAAGUUGAACAUACCUGUGCUUGGAAAAUCCCUUAUUUUGGCUGCUGAUCCUUAUUUUUGAGGCUGCUGGUCCUUUAUUUUCAAAUCUGUAAGUUGACAGCUAUGCAGGAGAGACAUGCAAAUAGGCUUCCUUUCCCAAGGUAAGGACAAAGUAGGAAAUGAGGUCGGCCACCCCAAGGGUGUCAGUCUGGCAUCGUAAGAAGGUCAGUGCAGGUUAAGUCAGAAAUACAGUCUAGGAAGUAUGGAGGACCCCCUCUCUAUCUACUCUCUCUACCCAUGCAAACCCGCCAGUUUUCAGUACAAGCUGAGUUGCACUCAGCACUUCCAAAAGAUGGAUUAACUCUUCCUCCCCUUUCCUUUUGGACUACCAUCAGCUACAAAAGGGAAAACAUGCAUGCACUCAAUGUGCAGUUUUACCCUAAUGAUUUCUCAGUAGUACAUUUCACAAGUUUAACACGUCUUCAAACAAAAACAUCUUGGAGGUCCCGGGCCACAGAGAGGUUAGGCUGGCCUCAACCAGAGCCAGGGCUUUUUCAGCUGUGGCUCCAAUCUGGUAGAACGCUCUGUCACAAGAGACUAGGGCCCUGCGGGACUUGACAUCUUUCCGCAGGGGCCUGCAAGACAGAGCUGUUCCACCAGGCCUUUGGCCAAGGCACAGCCUGACCCCCUCCUUUGGUAACUCUUCACAGAACUCUAGCCCAGUGGUUGCCAUCAAUUUGAUUUUAACUGAUUUUAGAAUGAAUCGAUUUUAGAAUGCUGUAUUAUUUUACUGUUGUUUGCCGCUCUGAGCCCGGCUUCGGCUGGGGAGGGCGGGAUAUAAAUAAAUUAUUAUUAUUAUUAUUAUUAUUAUUAUUAUUAUUAUUAUAAUAUUCUUUGCAAUGGCUCCGUGAGCUAGGUUGCUGCUGCUGUGUGCUCCGGAGAGAAAAAUGACUUGCCUGUGGCCGCCUGCUUGAGUUUUAUGGCUGCCAUGAAAUUUAAACUGGGGGCUCAUGUUGCUCGUUUUAAAACGUGCACCCUGUUUUUCAUUAUAAAAGACAUUCAAAGCAGCUUGCAGAGGGAAGUUCUUAAAAGACACAGAAUACUUUUUUUAAAAAAAUAGCAGAUCCAAUUAUUAAAACCAGUUCCCAAUUUUCAGUUCAGUUUCAUCUAUUUCGGUUUGCCCAACACUCUGUUCCUCUUCUCAGGUGGUCUGCUACUGCAGUACAUUGACUCCAGUAAAACGGUGCCAAAAGUCAGAGGACCCAAGAUUUUGCCAGAAGGUGGCACCGCUGCCAGCGCUGCUUAUCCACAGAUGGUGGGAUGGGGGUGGGCAGGGAGCCUGUGGGGGCACCCAAUCUUGGGCCACCUGAGGCAGCUGCCUCACCCCACCUCAUGGGGGAACUGGCCCUACACCCCCUCUACAUUCCAUUUUCUACCAGUUCCUGGGAGUCAGAACUACGGAGAGUUCUCUUGGGCUUGAGUCCUCCUUGUGGGUUUCCUGCAGACACCUGGCUAGCCCCUGUGAGCUCCACAUGUUCACAUGCUUUCCUUCUCCUCCUCCAUCAGGUUGCAAUGAACAUGGCUACAGCAACGCCCAUGCAUUUCCCUGCAGAGAUCUUGCUCAUAUUAUUUGACGAAAACUUGUUCACGACACGCACUGUCCAUGAACUGCUGUGGGGCUACACAGACAAGCUGCUCAGUGCCCUACACAAAUUCCGCCCCAGUAUUGACCCAGACUUCGGCUUUUUUAAAAAGGUAAGGUUCUGACUGCACAAUCCUACCUGUUCGCAGACUGUCUCGCCAGAGUGGUGCAUGCUCUAGUUCAGUGUUUUUCAACCACUGUUCCGCGGCACAAUAGAUGUUGCCUGGUGUGCCGUGGGAAAAACUGAAAAAUUCAAAAGAUUUUUUAAAAAAAAAUAUGUCAAAUUUUCGCCCACUAGGCGGGCGCCGGACUGUGUCCACCCUAUUUUCCAUCCGUCCUGGGUGGGGAUCAGAUCGGAUGGGAUCGGAUGAGAGCGGACAGGCGGUCCGCUCUCAUCCGAUUCCCCAUAGAGAGCAGCGGGGCUCUGACAUCUCCCUCUCCGCACACAGUGCGGAGACGGAGCUGUCAUCCGCCGGCUCAGCGGGGAUCAGCGGAUCGAUCCCCGCUGAGCAGAGAACGGUCCGCAACGUUCGAUUCCAGCCAGAAUAUCAGCUUUGUGUUCAGCCAAACAGGCCCAGGUUGCGCACUGAAUAAAGUAUUUUAUAAUUUUUCAUAUUUCUGUUUACUUACUAUUUCAUAAUAAAGUAAUUAUAAAAUACUUUCUUUGUGUUUAUUUGAUUCCUAUUCAAGAGAAUUACUUUAUAUAUAGUCAAUAUAGGCACAGAGUUAAAUGUUUUAACAUUUUCUAAUGGUGGUGUGCCUCGUGAUUUUUUUCAUGAAAUAAGUGUGCCUUUGCCCAAAAAAGGUUGAAAAACACUGCUCUAGUUAUCUCCCGCUUCGACUACUGCAAUGAGCUCUACAUGGGGCUACCUUGAAGGUGACCCAGAAACUGCAAGUAAUCCAGAAUUUGGCAGCUAGACUGGUGACUGGGAGCACCCACUGAGACCACAUAACACCGGUCUUGAAAGACCUACAUUGGUUCCCAGUACGUUUCCGAGCACAAUUCAAAGUGCUGGUACUGACCUUUAAAGCCUUAAAUGGACUCGGUCCAGUAUACCUGAAGGAGCGUCUCCACCCCCCAUUGUUCUGUCCAGACACUGAGGUCCAGCGCCGAGGGCCUUCUGGCGGUUCCCUCACUACGAGAAGCAAAGUUACAGGGAACCAGGCAGAGGGCCUUCUUGGUAGUGGCGCCCGCCCUAUGGAACACCCUCCCAUCAGAUGUCAAGGAAAUAAACAACUACCUGAUAUUUAGCAGACAUCUGAAGGCAGCCCUGUUCAGGGAAGUUUUUAAAGUGUGACAUUUUAAUGUAUUUUUAAUCUUUGUUGGAAGCCGCCCAGAGCGGCUGGGGAAACCCAGCCAGAUGGGCGGGGUACAAAUAAAAAAAUAUUAUUAUUAUUAUUAUUUAAUCCAAAUCCAAGAUCUGCUAGGGUGAGAGUUUUCGAUUUGGUGGAUUCUGGGGUUUCCUAGGAGAGCUGGCAAGAGAUACACCAGCAUAAGUUAGCCAGCACCCUGUCAGCUGGUAUAAGCCCCCCACCAAGGGGUGAUCCAGGGGUCUGUUGGGGGCACAGCAGGGCAAGGAGUGAUUUACACGUAUUCCAAACCCUGUGCUUCGAGGAAGGUGGUGCAAGUCACAUUCCUCCUGAAUGGAGUUUGGAAUAGGCAUGUCUGGGAUAGCUCAGUCAGUACAGCAUGUGACUCUUAAUCUCUGCGUUGUGGGUUCGAGCCCCACAUUGGGCAAAAGAUUCCUGCAUUGCAGGGGUUGGAAUAGAUGACUCUGGGAGUCCCUUCCAACUUUACAAUUCUAUGAUAACUUGGGCCAGCAUUUUAUAGGUAAGAUUGCUUUGUUCCUUACAAGGCAAGGUCUUGCCUGUUUUCUUUGUUGUUUGGAGCCUUUGCAAACAUUUUCUUCUGCAACCUGCCGGUCAGACGGAACAAGGCCUACUCGCUCACCUUGGAUUUUGCUUCAGACCAGCAGCAAAGCUUGCAAUUCCGAUAUACAAAUCUGCCACGCAUCUGUGUUUAGAGCACUGCGUAUGGUCUGUGCCAUCUCAAGUAGGGGGGCUGAGAAAAUGGGGGAGAAGGGUUUGCUGUUCUGUGGGGACACCGUGGGGCUCGACUGGAUGCAGCUGGCUCUUCCCUGUCCCCUUCUUCCUUCAUCCAUCUGAUGUUAGAUGAACUUUUAUUGCCUGCAGGCAUCUUCAGAAGCCCCUUUCAAAGUGUUGUUACAGUGCUUUGAAAGGGACUCCUCUGCAAGAACCGCUGAUCCAGCAACCUUUUGGCUGAGGCAGGUGCAGGGCUGCUGAAUGUGCCUUAGCUGAAAUGUUCUGGCCGGCCAGAUUGAGAGGCUGGGCAGGCCCAGUUCAGUCUACAGGCCAGAAGUGCCCCAGUCCUCUCCCAUCACAAGGCUUUGGAACCAGGGAUGUUGGAGAACUUCACUCAGCCAGCGUCUGCAAGCAAACCAACCUAUUUAGCACUUCCUAGCUCACUGAUAGGGACGCCGGUGGCACUGUGGGUUAAACCACAGAGCCUAGGACUUGCCGAUCAGAAGGUCGGUGGUUCGAAUCCCUGCGACAGGGUGAGCUCCUGUUGCUCGGUCCCUGCUCCUGCCAACCUAGCAGUUCGAAAGCACGUCAAAGUGCAAGUAGAUAAAUAGGUACCGCUCCGGCGGGAAGGUAAACAGCGUUUCUGUGUGCUGCUCUGGUUUGCCAGAAGCAGCUUAGUCCUGCUGGCCACAUGACCCGGAAGCUGUAUCCUGGCUCCCUCGGCCAAUAAAGCGAGAUGAGCACCGCAACCCCAGAGUCGGCCACGACUGGACCUAAUGGUCAGGGGUCCCUUUACCUUUACCUUUACCUAGCUCACUGAUACUCAGAUUGGCAUAUUAAUCUGGGCUGAAAAGGUUCCCAAGUCCUGCAAUAGGGUGAAGGAUCAGUCGGUUCUUUCCUGUCCCCUCAUCCCACCAAUCACAAAAAUGGUCAUGUUUUAUUUCUAGAUGAACGGGUCCGAUGAUGGCGAGUACGUUGUCCUAAGCGGGGAGAAGAAUUACCUUGACUUAACGAAGAUCGUCAAAUGGAGAGGGAAAGAGUAAUGUUUCUUUCUUUUCCUUUUAAUUUGAGUGCUGGACUCUCUGGUUAAUAAUUCGCGUUUCAAAUUUUGAAAGGCAAGGACGUGCAGAGCAAGAGCUCUUGGGCGAUGAUGGUGAUGAUUUGACAGAGCAGCACCAGUGUGCUAAUCCAGGGAGCACAUUUUGAGUGGGUGCUGUGGGUGCCCAUCACAAAACGGCCGCCAUGGCAGGACACACUUUUUUUUAAAAAAAAAUAAUAUUUAUUAAAAUUUCACAAGGAAAAAAAAACCACAUUAAUGAAGAAAAAAUUAACAAUAAAAAGAAAAAAUACAAAGGAAAUAAGGAAAAAAAACAAUUAAAAACAAUUUCAUCUUUUCCUCACUUCUUUUACAUUUACUUGUUUCUCGGACCUCCUCUUACCCCCCUCUUUUGUAUUCUAAUUAAAUAUGUUAACCCAACAAUUCCUUUCCCUCCUUUUUAAUCCUAAUCUUUAAUCUUGAUAUAAUGUAACUUAAAAUUUUAGAUUUUAGAUAUUAAAACCAAUUUUUAGAUAUUAAAUUUUUAGAUAUUAAAACCAAUUUUUCCAUAUUCUUUUAGCCUGUACAGCUAAAAACCCCUUAACUUCAAUCCAACAUCAUGGAUUGACACACACAUCAUGGCAGGACACACUAAAGGGAGCCCCGUCUUGGGGAAGCUUUCCCCAGAAUUGUAAUUCCAUACUAGAAGACUUUUAAGCUUGUUGCAUUUCUGCUUCAGAAAUGAAACAGAAGCAGGGUAAAACGCAUUAAAGGCGAGGGGGACCCCAGCAAAUUGGGACCCCAAGAUUUUCUGUUUCCAGGUGUCCAAACAAAUCAGUCGCAGCUCUGACUUCACCCAUUGGCUUAAAACACUGGCUUAGUUCACGGAAAUCACUUAGAAGGGUACCUGCAUGUUUGGGUCCAUAACUUUAUUUCUAGGAGGGAUAGAGUCUUACUUUUUUAUUUAAAUAAAAGCCCAAGGGCAGCUAAAGAAACCCUUUAUGAGCAUUGUGGCGCCCAUGUGCUCUGCCUUGGCAAUGCCCGCACUAAACAAAAGGCUGGCCUUCGCCCCCCAAGAACUGGCAGCUCUAAAUUUAGACAGGGGAAAUGGAAAUGGAGCUAACAUGGGAGGAAUCUGCACACAUGGAGAGACAGGUGCUGAAGCUUCGUUUUAGUUGGGCGUAAGGAUUAAAGCAGCUGUCCCCAAGCCCAAUGCUCUCCAGUUGUUCUUGGACUCUGACUCCCAUCAUCCCUCACCAUGGGCCAUGUUGUCUGGGGAUGGUGGGAGAUGGAGUCUGGAGAACAGAAGGACACCAGUUUGGAGAUUGCUGGACUUUUCAAAGGCUUGGUGGAAGAGUUUGGAUUUGAUAUCCCGCUUUAUCACUACCCUAAGGAGUCUCAAAGCGGCUAACAAUCUCCUUUCCCUUCCUCCCCCCCAACAAACACUCUGUGAGGUGAGUGGGGCUGAGAGACUUCAGAGAAGUAUGACUCGCCCAAGGUCACCCAGCAGCUGCAUGUGGAGGAGCGGGGAAGCGAACCCGGUUCACCAGAUUACGAGUCCUCCGCUCUUAACCACUACACCACACUGGCUCUCUGUGAAGGGGUCGUGUUGUUGUUUUUUAAAAUAAAAAGAGGUAUUUCUUCUUGUUGCCUUUUUAAAAAAUAGAGGUGGCUUUUUGUCGGUUCUCUACGAAAUAAUUCCACACAGUAAGGGAGAAUAGGCUGUCUCAUUGAAAAGAACAGGAUGUCUUACUAAGGUGGUAAGAUUGAGGGAGCCAAGUUGAGAGGCAGGGAUCAGUAGAUAAAUAUAUUGGGCUGUAAGUAAAAAUAAAGGAAGGGGGAGUGGAGAUCUUUAAAGUUGAGGACAAAGAAAUUAUUCUGCAUAUGGAAGGGGAUAAGAAGAAACAGAGAUGAGGUUCUAUCUGGGGCAUGGGGAAGUGACGGGAAUAAUAGCCCUAGGCUGUUUUAUUUGAGGCUGCUGCAAAACACUGAUUUUUCUACGUGCUCAAAAGCUGUUCCUCCUCCGUAUGUCUUCCCUCUGUAGCUCACUAGACUGGUGGACGUCGCCAACUUGUAACAUGAUAAAUGGAACCGACGGUGAUACUUUUCACCCAUUGAUAGACACUGGUGAAACCAUCUACGUUUUCUCGUCAGACUUCUGUAGGUAAGAAUGGUGGAAGGUCUUCAUAUCGUAGUGCUUUUCCUACUGUCACAACAACACUUAGGAAGGAGCAGAUUCAAGCAGGCCACAAGGAAAGUUAAUUAGUGCGUUUCAGUGGGAUAUAUGGGGCAUCCCAAGCCCAUAACUUGCUGGUGAACAUUGCUAGCGUUGGAUUAUACUUUGUUUGGAAUACGUGUAAAUUGCUCCUUGCCCUGCUGUGCCCCCAACAUACCACGUGUGUGUGUUUGGUCCACGUGUGUGUGCUUGUGUUUGGAAGACGGAAGAGAGAAAACGGGGUGGAGAAGCUGAGCUGGAAGCAGCAAACAGGAGCUGGGAACCAGAUGCCACAAACCAGAGGAAUCGGAAGCCAGGAAUACAAACUGGGAAGUCAGAUCUUUAGUCCAAAGUCAGAGCCAACGCGUGUUGCUGCCCAGGCAACAACUCAGCCCUGCACAGGAAGCUUUUAUCGUUCUUUCUAAUGAGGGGAUGCAAUGGCCAGCCUAGGUGGGUGAUGUCUGACUGGAGCCCAUUAAUCCAUUGCCUGCCAAGCGAUGCUCUAACCUGUAGUCUUGUUGGCUCACUGAGUAGGGCAGCAGUUUCCAGCUCAAUGGGUCCCUGGCUUUUGCCCCAGGAGUUUCAGUGACACAGGCCCUCCAUUCACACCACAGCAGCCCUGAAGAGCGCACAGUGCGUCUUUUGUUUCCGAUCAAAGCCCGCGGCGGAAGGCUUCAGGCUCUUCUUGUCCUUUCCAGGUCCAUGUACCUCACGUUUCAGAAGUACGUGACCAUUGAAGGGAUCUCAGCCUACCGGUUUUCGCCUCCUGAGAUGCUCUUUGCAAACGCCUCCGUCAAUCCAGACAAUGCCGGGUUUUGUGUGCCGGCAGGGAACUGCCUAGGGGCAGGGCUCCUGAACAUCAGCGCCUGCAAUCAAGGUACGUGAGCCAAAAGGGAUGCUAGGGCAGAACAGACUUUGCCAACCCUGCACACCUCCCAGUAUCAUUUUGCAGAUUUGUUUGGGUUUUUUUGUGUGCGUAUGUAAUCUCUGACUCCUGGAAACCCCCAAAAUAGCCCGGCAAGGACUGUGCAUCCUCGGUGGGUAUGGAAUGCCGACUGACAGUUGGAGGGAGCAGGAAAUGGAAACUGGGAGAGCAGGGGGCAUGCAGUGGAGUAUCCUGGGAAAGGGUAUGACUGGCUUGAAGGAAUCCUGAACAGGAGCACCCCAAGGUGCAGCAUUUUUUUGCCAGGGACCGUGCUGAGGAGGGGUGCGCUGAGGAGGAAUGGUGGGAGUCUCCCCCUGCUCCGGAUCUUGAAUCUUCCCAGGAGCAGGAGGACAGUAUAGAUUUGGAACAGCGGUUUGCAGAGGGGUAUAGUUCAGAAGGCAGAAGCUGGGAAAUACUGGAUGGGGAACAGCUAGGAGGAGAAGCACUAGGGGAGAGAGAGUUAACAGACUCAGUUUCUCUGGAAAGCGUUCAUCCGCUCAGCCCAAGGUCAAGAAGAACAGAAAGCACAGUGGCUGCGAGAUCAGGUUGCAAGACGCGGUAGUGGCGUGGGGAUCUAGGGAGGAAGUGGGGGGAAACCCUUAAUUGGGAGCACCUUCAUUCCUAGGAAUGGAUUCUUUGUGAUCAUUAAAAUUUCUAACUGGUAAGAGACUCCUUUCUCUUUGUUCUGCUUAUCUACUGCCAAAGGGGAGCGGGGGGAGGAAGCCCCUGAAGCCUGACACCACUUUCCCCCUGUAGGCAAAAGAUUCUUGCAUUGCAGGGGGUUGGACUAGAGGACCUUUGGGUCCCUUCCAACUCUGCAAUUCUAUGAAAUACUGCUUUGGCACCAGUGAGAAUUUUGUGCGCUGGGAUGUCCCUGGUUCAGUUCUCACCUCUGGCUCGAAUUCAUUUGGUGGUCUGUCAGGGAAGCUUCUGCAGGAGGGGGAGAAUGACACUAGCCUGUUUUAUAGUUCUGUCGCAAGGCUCACCGAGCGAAGGGAAAGACCUUUGAAUGCUUAAAAUGUUCCAUAUAAAUGCUAGCUCUUACUAUUAUUACAGCAGCUUCGGUUGAUUAGUUAUCUGGCUUUUUAAUUCAUCUUCAUGAUGUUAAAACAGUGGUACUAUUGAUUAUAAUUAUAAUAGUGUAAAGUCCAUGAGAUUUAAAGAGUGAGCAAAAUCAGGACACUUACUUAGUACUACAAGACUCAAUUUAUAUCCUGCCUUUCCUACAGCAACCUGAAGGUGGCGUUUAUGGCUUUGCCCCUUUCAAUUUUAUCUUCCCAACAGGGAGGGAGGUUAGGUAAUGGCUGGCCCAAGGUCACACAGUGAGCUUCGUGGUUGAAGGCACUACACCACACAGGCAGAACUGUGGCUGUAUGUCUGGAGGGAAUUUUUAAAGGGAAAUGUGCCCUUCUCCCUUCAGUUUCUGACAGCUGUUGUUCUUACAGGUGCACCAAUAUUUUUAUCACCCCCACAUUUUUACCUAUCCGAUGAUAAGUUUGUCCAGGACAUUGAUGGCAUGCAUCCGAAUCAGGAGGAGCACGAGACAUAUGUGGACAUAAACCCUGUAGGUACCACGCUCUGCCUUAUAGUUGUUACAGUUUGGCUUUCAGGAAGGACCUGUAAUAAUAACAACAACAACAAUAAUAACAACAAUAAUAAUUUAUUAUUUAUACCCCGCCCAUCUGGCUGGGCUUCCCCAGCCACUCUGCGUGGCUUUCAACAAAAUAUUAAAAUACAGUAAAGCAUCAAACAUUAAAAGCUUUCCUAAACAGGACUGCCUUCAGAUGUCUUCUAAAAGUCUGGUACUGUAUUUUAAUAUUUUGUUGGAAGCUGGCCAGAGUGGCUGGGGAAACCCAGCCAGAUGGGCGGGGUAUAAAUAAUAAAUUCUUCUUCUUCUUCUUCUUCUUCUUCUUCUUCCUCCUCCUCCUCCUCAAACUCCAACGCUCCACAGGCCUUAUAGGGCUCAAGGGAUUGCUAGGCACUAUUUUUGUGCCGUUUUCACAGCUCUUUUAGGGCUGUUUUUGCUCCUUUUUGCGCCGCUUCCGGGUUUGCGGUUACAUGUGCCUUGAACGCAAAUGGAGAGUUGCCUGUAUUCAGGAUUAACAAAUUCAGCAAGCAAUUAACAUGCAUAUGCGUAGCCUCCAUAAGCAACAGGAGCCAUUGCUUCUGCUGCAGCCCACGUGGCACGGCGAGGAAGCACCAUAACUCAGCGGCAGGGCGCAUCCUUUGAAUGCGAAAGGUCCCAGAUUUAACCUCCCAACAUCUCCUGGUUGAUGAUGUCAAGCCCUGGCGAGCCUCUGCCAAUCAGUGCAGGUAAAUCUGAGCUAGAUAGGUCAAUGACUCUUGGGUUGAGCGCUAUUCUCUGCUUCGUAGGGAUGUCUCCUUUGGGCACCAUCUUAGGAUGGUUUAUGAUGAUGGCAGAGGCUUAGAUGCAAAUAAAUAAAUACACUGCACACACUAAUGCACGUCAAUAACCAAUUUCUAAAAUCUUACUGAGUCACAAUUCCUUUAUCCCUCAGUUGACAGGAGUGCUGGUCAGAGCAGCCCGGCGACUGCAGAUCAAUACUUACGUUGAAAAGCUACCCGAUUUUAUGUAAGUACUCUGUUGGGGUUUUUAAAUUUUUAAAAAAUUUAGUGUAAGAAAACCAUUAGAAUGAGUCGUAUAUAAAGCAGGAUAGGAGAAGGGGAACAAAGGACGUUAAAUUAAAAGGUGCAGUAGAUACUUGAAAAGAUGAAUGAGAUUUUUUAGGAUAUUUAAUUAUUUAAACUGUAUCGCUUUAGCAUUUUGAUGUUCCCUGGGAACAGGGAUUGAGUACUAAACCGCUCUGGGAAUUAUAGCUCUGUGAGAGGGGAGAGGAGUCUCCUAACAGCUGGCAGCAUCCUUAACAAGCUGCAGUCCCCAGGAUUCGUUGGAGGGAAGCAAUGACUCUUAAAGGUAAAGGUAAAGGGACCCCUGAUCAUUAGGUCCAGUCGUGGCCGACUUUGGGGUUGCAGCGCUCAUCUCGCUUUAUUGGACGAGGGAACCAGCGUACCGCUUCCAGGUCAUGUGGCCAGCAUGACUAAGCCGCUUCUGGCGAACCAGAGCAGUGCACGGAAACGCUGUUUACCUUCCCGCUGGAGCAGUACCUAUUUAUCUACUUGCACUUUGACGUGCUUUCGAACUGCUAGGUUGGCAGGAGCAGGGACCGAGCAACGGGAGCUCACCCCAUCGCGGGGAUUCAAACCGCCAACCUUCUGAUCGGCAAGUCCUAGGCUUUGUGGUUUAACCCACAGCACCACCCGCGUCCCUUACAAAGUGACUCUUACAAAGUGGUAUAAUAGUGUUUCAAAGGUCUGGUGCUGGUUUGGCCAGGGAUAAGUGCAAGGGGAGGGGUGACGAGAUCUGCCUUUCUGCUGUCCGCGUGCUCCUCUCUUUUCCACCCUCUGACCUUGCUAAGCCACUUCAAGCAGCUUGUGGUAUGAGUAGGAGAGAAAUUGCAUGUGUAGAGAGGUGAACAGCCUAUUAUGGCAUCUGGAUAGGGAGUGCCGCCCUGCCAGCCGAGCUUCUGACUAGGCACCUGUGCUGUACCAUUGUGUUGUCAAUUUUUAGCCGCACCUCUUGCACUCAGUACAGUGGACGGGGCAGAUACCGCGUUGGGGGAGCAGAGUUUCCAAAAGCUUUUAUCCACUGGGGUUGGGGGUAGUGAAGAGAGCCAGUCUCUGAUCUCAUAGUACCUGAGAGUGAAGUGGCAAUCUAUAUCGUAUGCAACAGUUCUUUAAACUACUUUUCCACCUUCUUUUAGCCAAACAGGCAACAUCAAAACCAUGUUCCUCCCUGUGUUCUACGUAAACGAGGUAGGCGUUUUUGCAAAACACCUUCUGCUGCUUUACCGCUAACCCAGCGUGUUGUGACAGGUGGAACUUAGCUGGGGGGCGGGGAGGGCCCAUAUACUGCAAGGAGAAUUGUUGGGAAAUAAUGUGGAUUCUGAAAUCUCAGAAGCUAGAGAAGCUGCAGAAUAACGUUUACUUGAAGAGGGAGAGAAUGCUUUAGUGAAGGGGUUAGCAAACUUUUUCAGCAGGGGGCUGGUCCACUGUCCCUCAGACCUUGUGGGGGGCUGGACCAUAUUUUUUUUAAAAAAAUUAAAAUGAACGAAUUCCUAUGCCCCACAAAUAACCCAGAGAUGCAUUUUUAAUAAAAGGACACAUUCUACUCAUGUAAAAACACGCUGAUUCCCGGACCAUCUGCAGGCUGGAUUUAGAAGGUGAUUGGGCUGGAUCCGGCCCCUGGGCCUUAGUUUGCCUACCCAUGCUUUAGUGCAUAGAUCAUUAGUCUUCCUUGCCUGGAUUGCCAAAAACAGAAUAAAUAUGACUUAGUCUACUUGCACAAUGUGCGUAGGUUGCGGAAUUCAGUGCUCUUUGUGCGGAAUUUGCAUUGCCUACAUGUGGAGCUCUACGAGGGUGGUGGUGGGUUAUCAAACUUCCAGGAAGACCUUCCUCUGAUGUCAUUGUUAUGUUACUCAGCAUACAAUUAGAGAGCAGUACAGGGAAGGGAAGAACACGGCUGCAAAAUUCGAUCUCACCUGCAACAGCAAAAAUAUAUUGGGUGUGGUCCUGAGAAAAGAAGACACUGAAAGGGUUCAGGGUAUUAGCUUACAGAUUUACCUUAGGCUGCAGGGGCAAAUUUACAAGCAGGAGAAGCUUGCUGAUUAUGUAAUUAGCAUCCCGCUUAAUGCCAGGAUAGCUUCUAAGUGGAUCACAAAACAUAAAAAACCAAUUGUGCAACAUGGGUGUAAUACAGAUGGAUUAGAAACGCACUGUAAUUAAAAUAAAAAAAACGAAGCAAUCUCAAUAAAAUGUUUAUGCCCACGACAAAAAAAGUGCAAGCCUGCACAAAUUACAAGGUAUUUUACUUGGUACAAUUGAAUGUGCCUUUCAAGCCGAAUUUCCUUCUAGGAGGGAUGGAGCAGUGAUGCACUUUGAGUUUCAGUGCAGCCCAUCCCAUUAACACAUUAAUGCAGUGAUUAAAGCAGCAGACUCAGAUCGAGGGAAUGUCUGUAUGAGAAGGUUGCCUCCAAGAGCCGGCGGAAUGCCCAUGCAGAUGAGGCCUUUUGUAUUUCAGCAGGGAGCUCAUUCCGCAGGACCAGUUUGAGACACAAUCUAAAUCAGCCUUCCCCAGUCUGCUUGCCCUCCCGACUUUUUUGACUACAUCUCCCAUCAGCCCCACUCAGGCAGCAUAGCAAGUCAGAAACAUCUGGCAGGCAGCGUGUCGACAAAGGCUGAUCUGAAUUAUAUUUGACUAGAGUCGUGUGGAUAACAGAAUGAAUCUAUGUCUCUCUCCUCCCUGCCCCCUUUUUAUCCUCCAGAGUGUCGUGCUGGACAAAGCAUCCGUGGCAAAACUGAAGACUGUUCUUCUUGAAACUGCGGUGAUGACCAGUGUCCCCUAUAUUAUCAUGGCACUAGGGAUUCUUUUUGGUGCUCUGUUCGUUGCGCUUGUCUGCAAGCCCUUACGGGCGAGGGAGGAGGUAAGGUAGCGCUUGGAUCUGACCCUUUCCCUUUGCUUUCUCUGUACCUCUCUUAUUUUGUUCAUUUUCAUAAAAAUCAAAACCUUUCCCUUUUUUAAAAUUUCCUCUUGAUUUUGACUUACUUUCUCCAUGCAAUCACCAGAAAGAUUUUGUGUUUUUGUUUUAUUCCUUUCUCUGUUGUGUCUUCCUUUUAUUUGUUUCUUCCGAAAUGCUGGUUCUAGGGCAGCGAAGGUUUAGUAGACACAGAGUAAGCACCUUUCCGCAAACGUUCAGCAGCUGUCUUGAGACACAUGGUAAGAUCAGCAAAGUCCAUAUCUCUUUCCUAAUCCUCCUUCCUAGCUACAAUCCUUAUUCGCUAAGGAGAAACGGUUAGCUAAUGAACUCCAAAGUCUUAAGGUCUGUUUCGCACAUGUAUGAUGACCAUCAUUCAUUGACGGUAAUGACUUGCACAUUUGCAUGACUAAUUAAUUGCCAACGGUAGUUUUUUUCACAUAGCCCAGUAUCAGCUCAAACUGGGAAUGGAUGGAUCAGUCAAUAUAUUCCCCAUCUGUGGCAGUUUGCAAUGCCCAUCUUGUUCCCUUUUUUGACUUAAAAAAAAAUCAGUAUGAAAACCACCUUUGUAUACACAUUUAAAUACUUACUUUAUCACAAAAUGUGUAUUUUUCGCUCUGCGUGCAAGUGCAUUUUACCCUAAAGCACACAUCUUUUGAGUCGAGAACUACAAACACAUGCAUGUGUGAACCAGCCUUAAGGUCAACACUCCUCGCUUGAAGGUCUUGGCAAUCUCACUCCUGCAGCCCAAGCAAGGUUGGGACGUUUAGGCUGCAGUUCUUACCCCACUUACUAGGAGUAAGCCCCAUUGAAUUCAGCGGGGCUUAACUUCUGAGUCGACGUAGUUAGAAUGGCACUGUUGCUUGGUUGAUUAGUCAAGUCGCCUUGUGAGCAUGUGUGUGCUUGCGAGAGAAAGCGAGAGAAGGGGAUGCCCUUCUUAAGGUGAUGUCCAUUCAGACAUCUGUGUGCUGUGGGUCAGGGCCCCAGCUCAGUGGUAGAGUAUUUGCCAGGUCCAGUCCCCAGCAUCUGUAGGUGCAGCUGCCAGUCAGUGCAGACAAUCCUGAGUUGGAUGAACUGUUGGUCUGACUGCAUGAGGCAGCUUCCUGUGUUGCUGUGUUCCCCUAUUGAAUAAGAAAGCGAGCGUGGUCCUUUUCCCUAAGCUAGAAAUACAGCUUUCCUCAUGUGUGGAUUUAAUUCACUGACUAAAAUUCUUCUUGUUCUACUGGCCAUUGACUGAAAUAAAUAAUAUAUAAUCCUAAUCCUGUAACACCUUAACUAGAUUUAUUUAGUCAGGAACAGUCCUAGUUACUGUUUUCUUCUUUUAAUUUUAUAUACAUUUUCUUUCAUUCCUCCUUCCCCAUUAAUAAUAAUAAUAAUAAUAAUAAUAAUUUAUUAUUUGUACCCGGCCCAUCUGGCUGGGUCUCCCUAGUCACUCUGGGUGGCUUCCAGCAAAGAUUAAAAUACAUUAAAAUGUCACUCAUUAAAAACUUCCCUAAACAGGGCUGCCUUCAGAUGUCUUCUAAAUGUCAAUUUAGAAAUGUCUUCUAAAUGUUUAUCUCUUUGACAUCUGAUGGGAGGGCGUUCCACAGGGCGGGCGCCACUACCAAGAAGGCCCUCUGCCUGGUUCCCUGUAACUUGGCUUCUCACAGUGAGGGAAUCGCCAGAAGGCCCUCGGCACUGGAUCUCAGUGUCCGGGCAGAAUGAUGGGGGUGGAGACGCUCCUUCAGGUAUACUGGGCCAAGGCCAUUUAGGGCUUUGAAGGUCAGCACCAACACUUUGAAUUGUGCUUGGAAACGUCCUGGGAGCCAGUGUAGAUCUUUCAGGACCAGUGUUAUAUGGUCCCGGUGGCCACUCCCAGUCACCAGUCUAGCUGCCGCAUUCUGGAUUAGUUGUAGUUUCCGGGUCACCUUCAAAGGGAGCCCCACGUAGAGCGCAUUGCAGUAGUCCAAGCGGGCGAUAACUAGAGCAUGCAAGGCUGAUUGGCCCAACGUCUCCUUGCAACCAUCAUGGGCUAAGUGAGAACGUGAACCCAGGUCUCCCCAGUCCAAGUUGAGUACUUUGGAGCCCACCCUAGUUUGAAAGUUGGCAGAGGGAUACCAGAGUGCUCCAGGAGUCUUUUCCCCACUCCUCCUGUUGUGCGGGCUUCGUUUCUAAGCAAGUUCUUGCAACCGCAAAAGCAAACCUGCGUCUGUGUUGGUGUGCGCCAUGCGGCUUUGCUUGGGGUGUCCAUCGCGGUGGUGGGUUUUGUCCAAAGUGAGAGAGAGAGGAAACAAGCAAGGGGUGUUGUUCUGUUGCUGGCCGGACAUCGGUUUCUCAGUUGAACCUAGAGGCAGCAUUACCCGGUGGGAUGGAGCUGCAGUCACUUCCUCUCCCUGAAGCGAGAGCAGAAAGCAUUGGGGAGGUCAGCACGGUGCAGGUGCACCAGCGGAAACCCUGGGUUGGCUCCACCAGUGCUUUCACAGAAAGCGGCAGCAAUUCUGCUUCGCCAGGUGAACCACUUCUGCCCUGCUUCUCCCUGUCCUUCUCACUCUGCUCCCCCUGGAAGCAAUUUUACCUACUGCGCUUAUGGGUUAACUAAGAGACUGCAUGGAACAGGGGUUGCCAAGUCUUGUGGCCAAGGUGAUGGGUUUUGGGGAGUGGGGGUUGGGUAUUGCCAGUUGUUUACUUUUAUGUAAGAAUUUUCAGUAUGCAAAAUGUGUCCAGUUUUUUUAGGGGGGGCGACAACAGCUGGUUUUUAUCAUAGGAAUGUUGAGGGUACAAUUCCCAAUUUGUCGAUUGGUCGGGGAGGCUGGAAGAUUUGUCCAUAAUUUGGAUCCAAGGUACAUUCAAGGGCAAUACACUUCAUCUAAUGGAGAGUCAUGUGAUCUUGACUUGCUUUCAGAUUUCUCAGUUCGAUGGUGGAGAUGAAAACUUCCCCGCAUGUAGAAAUCUGACAUAUGAGGGAGGAGGCUAGAUUUAAAAGCCUGUCCCUGGUGUGCUAAUUUUCCACAAGCAGGGAGAUAAUUGCUAUAACUGGACAUUCAGAUGUACCACACCUCCAGUCUGAAAUGGUACAGUCUUUAGAACAUGGUACCAUGUGCAUUAAGACGCACAACUUUUCAAAGGAAAACCUAUGAUCAUGACAUGAUAGAUAUCUAAGAUCAUUUCCCUAAAAGCCGUAUACAUCAUAUCCCUACUGUAAUUUUCCAAAUAUAUGUGCUUGUGUGAUCCUUUAAGGCAUAUACAUAACACAGACUUCAACUAAUUUCGUGAAAUUCUCUGCCCACCCCCCACCCCCCAAAUUGUAAUUCCGCGAGUGGAGCUGGGGAUCUCUUAAUACUCAGCACCCACCCUAAACCAUAAGAAUUAUUUGCGGGAAGCUGUGACAGUUUUACAGGUAUAAAACCGAGACACUUCUACAGUGUAAGGGAAGCGCAUGCUGUUUUUGUCAGCCUUGGAUUGCAAUAUUGAUACCUGUCAGGAUAGCACCUUUCAGUUCUGUGUUUGUCUUUCCUACCUGUCUUAAUUGCAGGCUUCCGAAGACGAGAGAGCGCCGCUCAUCCGGACAUCGUGACUCAAUUUCCCCAGCAACAACAAGAACAACACUAUUCAGAAACGAGCUUAGUGAUGACUGAACUAUGCAAACUGCUCUUAACUGCAACCACUACGCUGUACAACAGUCUCGACCGUCUCCCCUGCACACUAAUAUAUGUUAACAUUCUGUUUCGGGUUUUGCGGCAUUCAGGAAGGGUUUGCUUUGUGAAAAGUGGACUGCUGUUUGAAGAGUGGAGGUUGCAGUGCUGCCUUUUCUAAAAAGCUGGAACAAAGGCAACUUCCGUUGUCUUCCGAGAUUGCAAAAAGCAGCGUUCUAAUAUCCCUGUGUGGCUAUAGACACUUGCACUGGUGUUCUCCCAUUGACUCCCAUGGGACUGUAGUAGUGUAGGUGUCUGUGGAUCGGCCCCUUUUGUUUGCCUGUUUGGCGGGCCAUAGGAGUUUGUGUCAGCUGCAAUGGGUCCGUUUUUAUUUAUUAGAAUCACUAGGUACAAUCCUGUCCUUCAGUAACCUGACUUACUGCCAGCCUCUCUGACAUACCAGGCAUUUUAGUUUCCUCCUUGUGUCCAUUUUCACAUUGCACAGCUGGGAAUGUUUUGUCGGUCUAGCUAGCUCAUGAUCUUGAUCCUACGAUGCAAAGGGAGAUCUCCAGCCUCCAUCACAUUUUUCACGGGUAUGGCUGCAGAACUAACACAGCCCACCCUUGUGCCAUACUGCUCUGCAUCCAUUGGAUUGAUUUUGGGGUGGUUCCCCAUGAAUGCAUACCUGUGAAAGUGACCUGGAGCCGGUCUAGCAGCGCCACUUGGGAGUCACACAUACCUGGUCCAGUCGGCUAUUUUAAAAAUGUGUCCAGUUCACCACCUGUCUUUUAGGUGAAUUGGUGUGUCUUCCCACCGCCCGCCAUGCAAAUGUUUUCUAAAAGCUGGUCUGAGGAUAGAAAAUGUUCCCCGAGAGCCGGCUCUCAAGUAUUUGAUAAGGAACACUAAGGGAGUGCAUUUGAAUCAGCACACCUGUAAAGAUCACUGAUUGCUCUUUUUCCAUGGGCUGCCUAAAACUGGCAAAGACGCGCCCCUCUUGCAUUCUCUGUGAGGUCUCCCUACAGACCAAACCAAGCCCUUGACAUGCCACCUCAAAGGGGCUAGGAAAUGCCAAUGCUGUCCUUUUGCCCUCGACUCUGCCAGCAGGAGCCUCCAUCACUGCAGAAAUGCUGAAAGUGCAGGCAGGUAGAAGCAACCACCAACAGCAUCCUUGCUGGCUGCAGCCAACCUUGCACUGCCCUCCCAAAAAACCCAGGCAUUUUGGGAUGGGCAGGGAGAGCUGCCUUAGCUGGAUCAGCUAUUGGCAAUGGACCUGAUCUCUCGCCAAGCCAGCCUAGAGUUGGUGUAACAGCAAUGGGCAGCUUUUAUUGCCCUCCUGUUCUGCGGUGGCAGGAGGACUCUGUAUGCAAUGGUGGUUUUGCUGCUUGAUUCAACCCCGCUGCUCCCAGCCUGGAGUUGCAAUUGCUUCCCUAGUUUCUUUAGACAUAAUCUCCGAAUAAGCCGGUUUCUCAGAUCUAGCAGCAUGCAGUAUUUUAAGAGACCUCUUAGUGAGAGGCAUCUAGCUGUGCCAACCCUCCCUUCCUGUCUGCUUAUCUAGAAAGAAACCUUUGAGCCUCCCUGAGUGUAAAAAGGCACAAAGUCGUAUUGUGAGGUCUGGAAGAGGAAAGGGCUGCGUCGCCUAAUGGGGAGUUUAUGGCACCUGAAUCUGAAGCCUAUGGAAAAAGAGCUGCAAUGUUGUCUUGCACAGGUGUGCACACUGGAGAAGAAGGGAAGAGUUGGAUUGCAAGCUACCUUCGCUGGAGAGAAGGUAGCUCCAACCACUAGGUCAAACCAACCUACGUUACUUAAUGACCAGCUGAGCCUCUUCUGAGAGGCCCAGCUCAUGCUUAGAUAGGUAUAGCAAGCAACAUAACCUGCCAGUGUUCUGUACACUUUUUCUUCCUUAUGUAAUCUGCAUUGCUUCUGGCAUUACCUAAAAUCUCAUUCUGCCUGCUGACCAAAUGCCCCAUUAUUAUAUUUAAAGAUCUCUUAUUGAUUCUUCAAAGUAACAUGGUAUAACUAUCUCCCCCCCCCCAUCCAAACGGCCCAUUAUUGCGUUGAUUGCAUUUCCCCCUCCCAUUGGAAAAGCAAUUAUUACCUGAAGCUGCAGUAAGAAAGCAGUUUCCCCAUCUAUUUUUGAAGUGGUUGUCAAGACACACAACUUUCUGUCAUUCAUAGUGUUCACUAAGAACAGUUGCUCAUUUAUUUUGGUUGUGCUGGUGCAGGAACCAUAGAAUAUGUUGCUGGAAUUCCUUUUCUGGAGCAGCCGAAAGAUCCAUCUGGUCCACAGUUCCAUUUCCAGCGGUGGUUUCACCAGUGGCCUUCCAGGUGUUGUCCAACUCCUGAUUUCAUUAAAGACCUCAAGUCUAUGUAGGAGAAAGAGAUGAUUCUCCCAUUACUAGAACCUGAGAGUCAUCUCAUGGAAGGAAGCUGCCCCGUGGUUGGCCAAUGGGGGCUGCAGGCAUUGCAGAUUCAUGUGCAUCCCUAAUUGUUUCCUUGGAAGCUUGUGCAAAUUAUUUCCCUCAGUACAUUUACAAAAUUAUAGCAUGAACGUUUACACUUCCAGCAGUGGUCACACAGCAUUGCUUAAAACAACUGGAAGGCAGCAGGGAGGCUGCUUGUAUAUAUUUCUGAGGGUACAAAGGAGCAAAAUAUAACUUAGAACCAUGAAUAGUAUUAGUAUAGUAUUAUUUCUGAUAGAUGCGCCUCUACAGCUAGGUCAUUGGCUCAGAUCACCUUUCAGUGUUCAUUUAUACUUUAAAAGGAAUUCCAAGUUCUUGAAAUUGCCCCUUUGAUGCUGCCUCUCAGUCUUAGUAUUAUGGGGUUGAGUAGUGUUUAGGCCCUCCUAACAGUGCAAAGCCUCCCAGGCUGCUUAAGUUAUGUUAUGUGGGAGUUGGGAAAGAUGGCACUCGAGGUUUUGCUUCACUACAACUCAACGUGAUCCCAGAUUAUUAGCCAUGCUGGCUGGUGCUGAUGGGAGUCCAACAACUUCCGCAAGGCCACAGUCUCUCCUCCCUUGUUUAUGGUGUCUGGUCAAGGCAGGGAGAUUGUGCGCAGUACUAUCACAAGUGGCUAAAGCGAGGGCUGCGCAAUGUUUAUAAAACACCGAGCAGCCCUCAUAAAAGGUUGCCUGUCCGGUGCCUCUAAAUUUAGGCAGAACCAUGUAUACAACAGGGUGAGCCAGCUGCUUGCUGUGAAUGCAAAGUUAGUGAAAGAGCAAAACUGAAAGUUCCAGGAUCCUUUCCUAUUUUUGGUUUGAGGGGUGGCGAUGGUGACAUUUGUAGGCACUUUUAUUUUUCUAGUUGUAGUGGAGACCGUUUGCUUCCCUGUUAAAUAGUUCUGCUGCAAGAAACGUCCAACAGUCUCCUGAAGCUGUGGAUGAGCCAUCUUUCAAGGAAGCUUGUCAUCUUCCGACAGAGGAGCUUUGGGAUUUCCUGGAGCAUAAGUUCUCUUGUGGGCUGCGCUGACAUAACUAAUGGUUUGUAAGGGCUUAUUUAAAUUGCUCGGACAGCUUCAGGUACAGAAUAUUUAUAAGACUGGUGUAAGCCAGGAAACAUGUAUUAGGCCCAUAUAUGAUGUGGACCUAAGUUUUCCCGAGGCCACAACAAUAGUUGAUGACGAGUUUAUCUUAACCAUCACACUGUAGAAGCAGUAAAAGAGCCUACUAUCAAAUCUCUCUUCAAUAAUACUUCUCCAUAUUUAAAACAUGUUUAGUGGUGCAGCCAGAAAAUCUCUAGGGACAUGUCACAGUUGACAGCUUUUUAAUGCAAAAAAAGAGGAAUCUAGUAUCAGGAGACAAACUAUGGAAAAGAUUCAGCUCUUAUUGGGGGCAAUUCUUUGUAGGUCAAUCAUGGCAGUUACUCCAAAGCAAAAAGAAUGCCCUUUUUUGGUGGGGGGUAUCUAACACUGACUCUUUACACUCAGCCCUGUUAGUAAUGAACGAAGUGGACUGUUGUCAUGUCAAUGAACUGUUGUCAUGUUAAUGUGGAAUAUCACAUUAAACGGCUUUUUUGUUUCAUUGCC